AUGCCUGUGUUCUCGCAUGCUUUCCCCCCGCAUAAACUCAGUGCUGACGCGGUCAGACAGCUGGACGAGCGCAUACAAAACGCGGGAACGGAAGUUGUGGAGGCGAAGCAAGGGGCGGGGUCUGCCACGUUGUCGAUGGCCUACGCUGCAGCUUGUUUCGCGGAUAAGAUCAUUCACGCCCAGUCGGCAUAUGCCUUCAUUAAGAAGCCGAUGUGUGGGUUGGAUUACUUCGCGACGAAGUGCAAGUUUGGAGAUGACUGCGAGGUUGCUAAGGUGGAGGCGUUGCCUGAAUUGAACGACUACGAGGAGACGAGGCUGCAGGCGGUUAAGGCUAAGCUUGUUCAAGAUAUCCAACGCGGUGUGGACUUUGUGAAGGAACACUAUUCAAGCUAA